AAUGAAGGCAGAGGUAGUACUGUUUUUCUUCUUCACCUUCAUGUUAUCUCUGAGUGGAUUUCAAGAAGAUUAAGCCUUCAAGAUGAAGGAAUUUAUAUCUGCUAUGUGGGAACAGCACUUAAUAGCGCUCCAAAUAAAGUGGUGCUAAAAGUAGGAGCUUUCUUCAUGCCUCAGCUGAAAUAUGAAAGGGAGCAAACAAGCAUGUUUUUGACCUGCUGUGUGUUAACGGCUUAUCCUCGUCCCACUAUCACAUGGCAUAUGGACAAUACCAUUAUCUCUGAAAGCAUUAUAGAAGAAAUGGAGCCUUUGUCUCAAUUUUCUAUCAAAAGUACACUAACUAAUACAUUUUCAAAUACAUCUUAUGAAUGUGUCAUUAAAAAUUCACUGCUGCAGCAAACUUGGACGGGGCGAUGGACAAUGAAAAAUCAGCUUCAUAAAAUGUCUCGUGAAAACAUUUCCCUCUCAUGUCCACUGUCCAACAAUUUUUCUCUACUAAAUCAAGAUUUCAUCGUCACUUGGUCCAAAAUAAAAAACGGAACUUCCUCAGUGCUGGCUUACUUUUUGAGCUCUUCACAAAACUCCAGUAUUAGUGAAUCUCGAUUCUUGUGGAACAAACAGCUGAUGAACCAGAAUGACUUCUCUUCAACUUUGAUAAAUCUCGAUCUUUCAGACAGUGCAGAAUAUUUAUGCAAUAUUUCUUCAAGCAAAUAUACUUCACUUACAGUACACAUACUGGAUGUAGGUACGUUUUGGGGUUAG